GAGCUGGCACUGAAGUCCUUGGGGAAUGAGGGGCUGUUUCUCUUUUCUUCUCUGGACACAAACAAUGAUCUGUACCUCAGUCCGGAGGAGUUCAAGCCGAUAGCUGAGAAGCUGACGGGGGUUGCUCCCGUCUCAGAAUUUGAAGAGGAGGAGACGCCUGAUGCAAGCGGGGAGACGUUGUCCCUUGUGGCUAAAUUCCAGCCUUUGGUCAUGGAAACAAUGACGAAGAGCAAAGACGGUUUCUUGGGUAUUUCUCACGUCGCCCUGUCUGGGCUGAGGAACUGGACUGCCCCAGCAGCCCCUAUGAGUGUGAUGCUUGCCAGACAGUUUAAAGCCUUUCUUCCUCCAAAGAACAAACUGGAUCUUGGGGAUCCAUGGUGGAUAAUUCCUAGUGAAUUGAACAUCUUCACUGGCUAUCUUUCCAACAACAGAUUUUACCCUCCACUUCCCAAGGGCAAAGAGAUCAUAAUCCACAAGCUUUUGAGCAUGUUCCACCCACGCCCCUUCGUCAAAACCCGCUUUGCUCCCCAAGGAGCUGUGGCCUGCAUUCAAGCCAUCAGCACCUUCUACUACACCAUAGCGUUCAGGAUCCAUGCUGAGUUCCAGCUGAACGAGCCACCAGACUUCCCUUUCUGGUUUUCCCCAGGCCAGUUCACAGGUCACAUCAUCCUCUCCAAGGAUUCUUCCCAUGUCCGAGAGUUUAAGCUCUUCGUCCCCAACAACAGGUCUCUGAACGUUGAUAUGGAGUGGCUCUACGGGGCGAGUGAAAGCAGCAACAUGGAAGUGGAUAUAGGUUAUCUGCCUCAGAUGGAGCUGGAAUCGACAGGGCCUUCAAUCCCCUCUGUGAUCCACGAUGAGAACGGAAAUGUGAUUGACAGCAGGGAUCCCUCAGGGGAGCCCAUUCAGUUUGUGUUCGAAGACAUAACCUGGCAGCAGGAAAUCCCCUGGGAAGAGGCAGCCCGGAAGCUGGAAGUGGCCAUGUAUCCGUUUAAGAAGGUCUCCUAUCUUCCCUUCACACAAGCUUUUGAGAGAGCAAAAGCAGAGAAGAAGCUGGUGCACUCAAUCCUGCUGUGGGGAGCCCUGGACGACCAGUCCUGCUGAGGUUCGGGGCGAACUCUCCGGGAGACCGUCCUGGAAAGUUCGCCCAUCCUCGCCCUGCUAAACGAGAGCUUCAUUAGCAGCUGGUCACUGGUGAAGGAGCUGGAGGAGCUGCAGACCAACAGAGAGAAUGAGUUCUACAGCAAGCUGGCUGACCUGCACCUGGAGAAAUACAACUUCCCUGUGGAGAUGAUCAUCUGCCUCCCCAACGGCACGGUGGUCCACCAUAUCAAUGCCAACUACUUCCUGGACAUUACUUCGAUGAAGCCUGAAGAUGUUGAAAGUAGCAUCUUUAGUUUCUCAACCAAUUUUGAAGACCCUUCAACUGCAACUUACCUCCAGUUCCUGAAGGAAGGACUGCAAAGAGCAAAACCAUACCUGCAGACCUAA